AUGCGAACCGCCCCGAGCCUCCGCGGCUGUGUCUGCCUGCUGCUCGCCGCGAUCCUGGACCUGGCGCGCGGCUACUUGACCGUCAGUAUUGAGCCUCUCCCACCCGUGGUGGCUGGUGAUGCUGUGACCUUGAAAUGUAACUUCAAGACAGAUGGCCGCAUGCGUGAGAUCGUGUGGUACCGGGUGACGGAUGGCGGCACCAUUAAGCAGAAGAUCUUUACCUUUGAUGCCAUGUUCUCCACCAACUUCUCCCACAUGGAGAAUUACCGCAAGCGAGAGGACCUGGUGUACCAGUCCACCGUGAGGCUGCCCGAGGUCCGCAUCUCCGACAACGGUCCCUACGAGUGCCACGUGGGCAUCUACGACCGCGCCACAAGGGAGAAGGUGGUCCUGGCAUCAGGCAACAUCUUCCUGAAUGUCAUGGCUCCUCCCACCUCCAUCGAGGUGGUGGCCGCAGACACGCCAGCCCCCUUCAGCCGCUACCAAGCCCAGAACUUCACGCUGGUCUGCAUCGUGUCGGGAGGGAAACCGGCGCCCGUGGUUUAUUUCAAACGAGAUGGGGAACCCAUUGACGCAGUGCCUCUGUCGGAGCCGCCAGCUGCUAGCUCUGGCCCCCUCCAGGACAUCAGGCCCUUCCGCAGCCUCCUGCACCGUGAUCUGGACGACACCAAGAUGCAGAGGUCACUGUCCCUGCUGGACGCUGAGAACCGGGGUGGGCGUCCCUACACAGAGCGUCCCUCCCGCAGCCUGACCCCGGAUCCCAGUAUCUUCCUCCAGCCAACCACUGAGAACAUCCCCGAGACGGUGGUGAGCCGCGAGUUCCCCCGCUGGGUCCACAGCUCUGAGCCCGUCUACUUCCUGCGCCACAGCCACACCCCGGGCAGCGACGGCACCGUGGAGGUGCGCGCCCUGCUCACCUGGACGCUCAACCCGCAGAUCGACAAUGAGGCCCUCUUCAGCUGUGAGGUCAAGCACCCGGCGCUGUCGAUGCCCAUGCAGGCAGAGGUCACGCUGGUUGCCCCCAAAGGACCCAAAAUCAUGAUGACGCCCAGCAGAGCCCGGGUCGGGGACACAGUGAGGAUUCUGGUCCAUGGAUUUCAGAACGAAGUCUUCCCGGAGCCCAUGUUCACGUGGACGCGGGUUGGAAGUCGCCUCCUGGAUGGCAGCGCUGAGUUUGAUGGGAAGGAGCUGGUGCUGGAGCGAGUUCCCGCUGAGCUCAACGGCUCUAUGUUCCGCUGCAUGGCCCAGAACCCGCUGGGCUCCACCGACACACACACCCGCCUCAUCGUGUUCGAAAACCCAAAUAUCCCAAGAGGAACAGAGGACUCCAAUGGUUCCGCAUCUGGCCCUGCUGGCGUCUGGCUCACCUUGGUGCUUGCCCUGACAGUGGUCCUAGAGCUGACGUGAAGGCGCGGCCCCGCUCCCCACCCUCCAUCUGGCACUGACAUCUCUGCGAUCGGUUUUCAUUUCUUUUCUAAACUAUUUCCAGUCUUGUUCUUAGUCUCUUUCUGUCCGUGUCUUGGCUUCUUCGGUUGAUUUAAUUAAAACAGAACACU